CUCGGGGAAACUAGCAAUGGCUACCUCAGCAGUAUAACCACAGCAACCUUACAGCAAACAUGGCCAACCUACAGUUCAAAACAUUGGCCGUUCUCGCAGUGGUGGGAAGCGCACUGUCAGCCCCCCAGUACAGCACGCAGAACCAACAGCUGAGGGCGAGGCAGUAUAACCAGCCUGCCCCCAUCUCCCCGGCUGCGCCAGCCCCUGUGGCACCUCUUGCUCCAAGGCAGGCUUCUGGAGAGGCCUUCGCCAGGAUCCUCAAGAACGACCAGGAAACACAAUUCGAUGGCAACUUCAACUAUGCGUACGAGACUGAAAACGGAAUCUCAGGACAGGCCCAAGGUAUACUGAAGAACCCUGGUACCCAAGAUGAGGCGCAGGUCAUCACCGGAUCUUACUCUUACACCGCCCCCGACGGUACCCCCGUGAGGAUCAACUUCAUCGCUGACGAGGGUGGCUUCAGAGCGGAAGGUGACGCCAUCCCAACUCCUCCUCCAAUACCCGUCGAGAUCGCUAGGGCACUCGACUACAUCAGGUCCCUCCCACCCCAGCCUCAGCAACCUCAAUACCAGUAGGACAGCUUCCAAGGCAACGUCUCCACUAACCUCUGUAUAUUUUUGUACAUGAUAUCGGUGUACGCUUUUGUACAUACCGUCCAUUUAUAUUUUUUAAUAAAAUAGCAUUGAAAUUAAAUCGAUUGGUUUGUUUGUGGAUGAUCCCAGAUUGUGCUACUUAUUAGUUGUUAGACUAAAUCGCAACGGACAUCGUC